GCGGGCCGCGCCAGUCCGGGAUCCGCGCGCGCGGAGCCGACCGAGCCACGCCGAGGGAGCCGAGCGAGGCGGCCGUGCCCGAGCACCCAUGCUGCUGCCGCUGGCCUGGGGCUCGCUCUUCUUCCCGGGGCUCUUCGGGCUCUGCACCUGGGGGCUUCGGCGCGCGCGGCCCGCCUGGACCUACAACGACUGCGUGAUGAUCAGCACCAGGCUGGUUUCUUCGGUGCAGGCUGUGUUGGCCACCGGGUCUGGGAUCAUCAUCAUCCGCUCCUGUAGCAACGUGGUCACCGACAGGCACUGGCUGGCCCGCGAAUACGUCUGGUUUUUGAUUCCAUACAUGGUCUACGACUCCUAUGCCAUGUACCUCUGUGAAUGGUACCGAGCCGGGGACCAGAGCAGCAGACAGUCCCUCACCAUUUUCCGAAACUUCCUGAGUAAAAACCGCCUCAUGAUCACGCACCACGUGGUCAUUCUGUGUGUCCUGGUGCCGGUUGCACAGAGGCUCAGGGGAGAGUUGGGGGACUUCUUUGUCGGCUGCAUCUUCACAGCAGAACUGAGCACUCCAUUCGUGUCGCUGGGCAGGGUUCUGAUUCAGCUAAAGCAGCAGCACACGCUGCUGUACAAGGUGAACGGAAUCCUCACGCUCACCACCUUCUUCUUCUGUCGGAUCCUCCUUUUCCCCUUCAUGUACUGGUCCUACGGGCAGCAGCAGGGGCUGAGCCUGCUCCAAGUGCCGUCCAGGAUUCCCUUCUACUGCAACGUGGCCAACGCCUUCCUGGUCGCUCCCCAGAUCUACUGGUUCUCUCUGCUGUGCAAGAAGGCAGCCCGGCUCUUCAGUGCUCCCUCGGCCAAAAAGGAUGGUUAGCUGUGAGUCAGGCAGGGUGGGCGCCUCCGCACACAGCUGCCUCCAUCCACUCAGUAUGCCACGGAUCACAUUCCAAACGGUGCCCUGGGGGACCUCAGCCUUUUGGGUAUUGACAAGCAGAUGGAUCUGGGUUUUUCUAAAGAAUAUUCUUAUUACCUCCCUGUUCUAACCUGCCCCUUUUGCAAAAGCACUUUUUUUCUUAGUAACAACCAUUGGAUCCUGUCCGACUUCCACUGACAGCCAAGUGGCUUUAAUGCCAGGCUGAGGACCCUUCCUUGGGUCUUAUCUCAAGGGCUCUGGGAGGCAGCAGCAUGGGGUGUGAUAGCUGGGCACCUGACGGUGGUGGCUCCAGACCUUUCCAACCACUCAGGGCAGUCCCACAUCGACUGGGCCAGCACAAGCAGGCAGUGACUUGGUCCUUGAAAUAAUUCCUUGCGAGGCUGGCCUGGGGAAGCUGUUGUGGGUAGGUAGGUUUUAUUGUUUACUAGGUAACCUGCUGGCCCUCUGCCUCAUCCUUUCAUCCAUGUGCCAACACUGAAUCCUCCUGCCGACUGACUUCCAAUCAGAAGUCUCACUGGUGGGGUGGGGAAGGAGGCAGGGAUGGGAGCCUGAAGCACCUGAGCAGGUAGCAAGGUCAACAGGUCAGCACCUUCACACGCUGCCUCGGUUAAGACCAAAGUCAAGCUUGUGAGCUUGCUGUAAACACGCCACAGAUACCGUUCCCUUUCUGGCGUGUCCCUCAAGCCUUCUCACCGGAUCGACACACGCAGGAUGCUCUUGUGAAAACUCCAGGGUAACAGCAAGUGACAGCUACUGCGAUAUUUGCUGCGUAACCCCCCUCUUUGACACUGUCUUCUCAUAUGAAGCAGAAAGGACUUCUGUACCCUAAACCCUGAGAUAUCUUAGCUAGACUGCCUCCCGAUAAGCCAGAGCCUGUGGUCCAAAGCCUGCUCCUAUCUGAGUUACCACCACAUGGCCCCAGGAGGCUGGAGGGCAAGAGCGCAAGACAGCCCUGGCCGAAACCUGUCCUUGGACGGACUUCUUCACCUGCCAUUUGCAAAGAGGGUCCUCUGGUGCCAACACUAAAUGUCCCUUAAUAAGGAUGGGGUUUAGAACCCGCUACCAUGAAGUUUUUCCCCAAGAGGUAGUUAAAAAACUAGGUUUUUAAAAGUGCCUUUUACUUAAUCCAUUAUUGUUCGUGAACUUUUAAAGUACUGAAUGUGUAACAGUGUCUUCGAUUUUGACUAUUUCAGCCUUUAAUGGGUGCCAUUUAAAAAUCAUAAAAUGCUGUAAUUUUUUUUUUUUUUACUGUUUUGUUUACCAUCAGUGUAUCUUGAUAAAUCACUCCUGUGGUGAUUAAAUUGCACUAAUAUUUUCCAACUCA